AUGGUGAUGUAUGCAAGGAAAGCGCUAAGAGUCGGCGACGGGUGCAAUGACAGAAGGGAUUCGCAGUCUUACCAGACCCACAAAUCUCAGCCAAAGAGCCAAUCCAGCAGCCUUCACCGCUAUGACAAGAUGCGUGAUGGCUCAUCAGACCCCACACCGCCAUACAAGGUGUUGCGCAGGUCAGAUGAGAGUCCUGUUAGCAGGCAUGGGGAUAACCCAGCCCUCAAAGCAAAAAAUUCCAAUCCAGUUCGAGGGAAAAAUGGGACCAGUGGAUCUCCUCAGGAGAAUACUAACAACAGUUCUCAUAACAGCUCUGAGUCACUUGUCUCUCAAAACAAGCCCACAGAGAAAGACCCAGCAGAUGACUGGACAGAACACAUCAGUUCCUCUGGAAAAAAAUACUAUUACAACUGUAGGACUGAGGUUUCUCAAUGGGAGAAGCCCAAAGAUCUACUGGAGAGGGAGCAACGACAGAAAGACAAAACGGUCGCAAACAAUUUCCCAAGAGACAUGGACUAUAGACAAGAAGCUUUGCAGGACAAAGUUGUUUCAAAGAAUUCAGGAGACCAGUCUGCGUCAUCAAACUCUGGACAUUCCUCUUCUGGUCAGAGUGUGACCGCGGCUCCAGCUGCUGCCCUCUCCUCCUCCUCUCUGUCUGCAGUGCAGUUGGCCCAGUCUCAGGGUCUCCUCCAGGACCCGGCUCUCCUCCAUCAGCUCCUCAUGCAGAUGAACAAUGGGACCAUGGACAGGACAAAGCUUAAUGAGAUCUUGGCAGCUGCCGUCACCCAAGCUUCCUUGCGGUCUGUGCUUCAUAAGCUCCUCGCUGCUGGACCUGCUUUCAACAUCACUGCUCUGCUCUCAGCCGCUCAGCACUCAAACCCAGUUUCAGCUCAGCACGCUGGUCAGUCUCCUGUAUCUCUGACCGAGGCCUCCUCACCGCAGACCUACAUCUCACCACGUAAUGGCACUCCGCAGAGCAACCAGAAAUCUGCCAUGGGUCCUCCUGCAGGCACAGUCCCAGCUACACAAAACAGAGGCACUUUGUCUUCUGGAAAAACAAGUUCAGUUGUAUCACAACUAGACAAACGUCCUGAGGAUCCCAGAACUUUCCAACAAAGAAGCCAAGACGUUCAAUGCUCAGGAUCAAAUGUAUCCACUGCUGCAUCGUCACACAUUCCAUCGAGCCAGUCGCAGGGUGACCCCCCCGCCACCUACACCCCCACACUGGCAACUUAUUUUGAUGAGAACCUUAUUAAACAUAUCCAAGGAUGGCCUUCCGAGAACACAGAGAAACAGGCGUCACGGUUGCGGGAGGAUAUGUACAACAUGGGGAGCUUGUACAUGUCCGAGCUGUGUACAGAGAUGAAAAACUUGCGCUCCCUUGUUCGCGUGUGUGAAAUCCAGGCUACACUUCGAGAACAGAGAGUUUUGUUUCUGCGGCAGCAGAGCAAAGAGCUAGAGAAGCUUAAGAACCAGAACUCCUUCAUGGUCUGA